GACUUUGAUGGGCUCCUCGGCAGCGCCUAAGUGGUUCUGGAACAGAGAGAAAUUUUGCCAUCUGAAGGACUUUAGAAAGUCAACCUGGCUCAAACUACACACCCCACACCAAUCAGGAAAAGGAAAGCAGUUGAUAUGCUGCUCAGAAAAACAAGACUUGGCUGCGCCUAGCCUUUGCUGGGUUCUUGCCCCUGUGAGGAUUAUUCUUGCUGGAGUGCUGGGCCCCUUUGGAACUGCUCUAGCAUGCUUGACAGACGCCUGAUGUCUCCUCAGACUAAGUGCAUUAUUCCUGGGGGUUCGGCAGACUCCUACACCAGCCGUCCAUCCGAUUCCGAUGUAUCUUUGGAGGAAGACCGGGAGGCAGUGCGGAGAGAGGCAGAGCGGCAGGCCCAGGCACAGUUGGAGAAGGCUAAGACAAAGCCCGUUGCAUUUGCAGUCAGAACAAAUGUCAGCUACAGUGCAGCCCAUGAAGAUGACGUUCCGGUGCCAGGCAUGGCCAUCUCAUUCGAAGCAAAAGAUUUUCUGCAUGUUAAGGAAAAAUUUAACAAUGACUGGUGGAUAGGACGAUUGGUUAAAGAAGGCUGUGAAAUUGGAUUCAUUCCAAGCCCCGUCAAGCUAGAAAACAUGAGGCUACAGCAUGAACAGAGAGCCAAGCAAGGGAAAUUUUACUCCAGUAAAUCAGGAGGAAAUUCAUUAUCAAGUUUGGGGGACAUAGUUCCUAGUUCCAGAAAAUCUACACCUCCAUCAUCUGCUAUAGACAUAGAUGCUACUGGCUUAGAUGCAGAAGAAAAUGAUAUUCCAGCAAACCACCGCUCCCCUAAACCCAGUGCAAACAGUGUAACGUCACCCCACUCCAAAGAGAAAAGAAUGCCCUUCUUUAAGAAGACAGAGCACACUCCUCCUUAUGAUGUGGUGCCUUCUAUGCGACCAGUGGUUCUAGUAGGCCCUUCUCUUAAAGGGUACGAGGUCACGGAUAUGAUGCAAAAAGCAUUGUUUGAUUUUUUAAAACACAGAUUUGAAGGGCGGAUAUCCAUCACAAGGGUCACUGCUGACAUCUCGCUUGCCAAACGCUCAGUAUUAAACAACCCGAGUAAGCACGCAAUAAUAGAAAGAUCCAACACAAGGUCAAGCUUAGCUGAAGUUCAGAGUGAAAUUGAAAGGAUUUUUGAACUUGCAAGAACGUUGCAACUGGUAGUCCUUGAUGCCGACACUAUAAACCAUCCCGCUCAACUUAGUAAAACUUCUUUGGCUCCUAUUAUCGUCUAUGUGAAGAUUUCUUCUCCUAAGGUUUUACAAAGGUUAAUAAAAUCUCGGGGGAAAUCUCAAGCUAAACACCUCAAUGUGCAGAUGGUAGCGGCUGAUAAGCUGGCGCAGUGUCCUCCAGAACUGUUCGAUGUUAUCUUGGACGAGAACCAGCUGGAGGACGCCUGUGAGCACCUUGCUGACUACCUGGAGGCCUACUGGAAGGCCACCCAUCCUCCAAGCAGCACUCUGCCCAAUCCUCUCCUUAGCCGUACUUUAGCCCCUUCAGCUCUGCCUGUUAGCCCCACCUUGGCCUCUAAUACCCAGGGUUCUCACGCUGAUCAGAGGACUGAGAGGUCUGCCCCUGCCCGGUCUGCUUCCCAAGCCGAAGAAGAACCCUGCCCGGAACCAGUCAAGAAAUCGCAGCAUCGCUCUUCCUCCUCAGCCCAACACCACAACCAUCGCAGUGGUGCAAGUCGAGGCCUCUCGAGGCAAGAGACAUUUGACUCAGAAACCCAGGAAAGUCGAGACUCUGCCUAUGUGGAACCAAAGGAGGAUUAUUCCCACGAACACGCAGACCACUAUGCCCCACACCGUGACCACAACCACAGAGACGAGCCCCAUGGCAGCAGCGAUCACAGACACAGGGAAACUCGGCAUCGCACCAGGGACACAGAGCGGGAGCAGGACCACAACGAGUGCAACAAACAAAGAAGCCGUCACAAAUCAAAGGAUCGCUACUGUGACAAGGAUGGAGAAGUAAUAUCCAGAAAAAGGAAUGAGGCGGGGGAGUGGAGCAGGGAUGUUUACAUCCGCCAAUGACUUUGCCCUUUUGUGGGGUUUUUUGGAAGUCUUGUAUAACAGCACCCUCAAGCAAAAGCUUUGGGGCCUACAUUGCAAUCAUAUGUGAUCUGUCUUGUAUAUUUUAUAUUGCUGUUGCUUGAAUAGCAAUAGCAUGAAAUAGAGUAUUAAUAUACUAUUUUUUUUCUUUUGUAAGUGCUAUAUGAAUUAGCCUGGUACAGCUGCAGUCCUCCAGUUGUAUACUGGACUUAAAAAAUAAACAAGCAAAAACUGUUUUGGGUAGCUGCCACUUGAACAAAAUCUGUUGCCAUCUGGGUGGUGUUAGUAUUUUAAGACGUGUAGUUGAUGUUUUCUGAUACAUGGUUGGUGUAUCCAGCAAGCCAGAGUCAACACAGACAAAAAGUGGAAUUUGUUUAUCCAGAUUUUUACAGGUAGGCACCUGAUUUGCAUAUCCAUUCAUUCAUGGACCACUGUCUCUUGCUUGUACCUCUGGCUGACUAAAUUUGGGGACAGAUUCAGUCUUGCCUUACACAAAGGGGAUCAUAAAGUUAGAAUCUAUUUUCUAUGUACUAGUACUGUGUACUGUAUAGACAGUUUGUAAAUGUUAUUUCUGCAAACACCUUCUUAUAAUUAUAUAUAAUAUUAUAUACAUAUACAUAUAUAUAUAUAUCAGUUUGAUCACACUAUUUUAGAGUCUUAAUGCCAAGUCAGCAGAUUUGCUUUAUGAAUUACAGGGACUAGAAAUGCCCACAUUCAGGAAAUUUGUAAUACCAUUGUCUAGACCCCUUUCUUCAUUGCAGUAGAAAGUCUGUACAUACUGUAAAUAUGCGUGAUUGCUUGACUUGAAAAGAUUUGAUUUUUGAAUGUUACACCAGCCUUGUAAGUUCAUAAUUUUGACCAUAAAUUAUGGUAAAAAAAUAUAUAUAACCAAACUCCAGAAAUUGUCCUAAUCCAUAUGGUUCUCACUGAUUGUGACAAACAUAUUCUUAGUAGCAAGUGUCUGUUCAAGUCACAGCACUGGAGUUUACAAGCUGAAUUCUUUGUGUGCACGAGUGUGUAUGUGUGUGUCUGUAUGAACAAGUGUGUACAGGCGACUGGGGUGAAAGUGAAUCUGAAUGCUGAAGACUAAGGAAGAAAAGAAACUGAUACCAAGUCUGUCUGGCUUUUUAUUUAAUUGUGCUUUGUGUUGCUUUAAUGAUCCAUUGAGCAGUCAGGGAAUGGAAAUACAUUUACUGCCAAAGGUAACUAGGAAAGCAUUUAUCUGCUGGCUCAACUUUGCUCCCAGAGAGUGAACAUACAGGCAAUUUUUACUGUGAGUGUUUCACUGGAAAUGUAUAAUCUUUGUUAGAGUAUUUGUUUUAGCAAGAAAGUUUACAUAGAUUGUGGAAUUAUUUCGUGGGGAAAAUAAAUUUUAUAACUUGUCCCACUUUAUUUUCUAACUUUGCCUACUGUUCCUGUUGUUUUAUCUCCCAGUUACUCCACCCUUGCCCCUGGUCCUGGCAACUCCAAGAAUUUUGUUGUCUGUCAAAACCCAGAAGUGCUUCUUAUAACCAAAGUUUCUGCUUUUCAAAGGUAAUCAGGGCAAAAUGAGGUGACUUAAAGUAAGU